AUGGCUCCUAUUGCGACUAGCACUCCUGUUGAGGUUGACAGCCACUCCUUCAAAUCAACGGAGCCAACCCUUGCUCCUUGGGUUGAGCCUCCUACUACGAAAGAAGACUUGGCUUGGGCCAACUUAGAAACCAUCGACUUGAGUCUACUCGACUCAUCCGAUCUCGAGGUGAAACAAGCACUCUACGUUAAGACCAAGAAGGCUUUGGGCGUUGAUGGCUUUAUUCUCGUCUCUGGACUUGGAGUGGAUCCAGAGACUAUCAUAAGGCAGCAAGCUAUCAAUCAGUUAGUGACGACUGGAACGCCAUUAGAAGAGAAGCAGAAAUACCUUGCCCAUAUGGCUGGUGGUGACUACACUGGGUACAAACUGAAGGGUAGUGGUGGUCCUCAUGAUCACAUAGAGUUCUUCAACUUGGCGACCAAAUCCUACUCUCCUGGUUAUCCCCUCCCCAGUACCAUCGUACCAUACAUUGAUGAGGUUGAGGCAUUUGGAUCUCACACAUACAACUACAUCAUUAAGAGGAUCCUCAUUUUGAUCUCGCGCGUGUUGGAGCUUCCUGAUGACUAUUUGUGGGACUUACACGAUCAAAACCAGCCACUCGGCACUUCAAGCCAAAGGUUUAUGACAUACUACUUCCCUGAAGAUAUCAAGGAGCAAGACACCUUUGCCAAAGAAGAUACAUUUGUCAAAGGACAUACUGACUUCAACACCAUCUCUCUUCUAUUCAAUCAACCUAUCUCUGCUCUUCAGGUUCAGACUCCAGAGGGCGAAUGGAAGUGGGUCAAGUAUGUGCCCGGUACCGCUGUUGUAAAUGUCGCCGAUGCUUUGGACUUUCUCACUGGCGGCGUGUUGAAAGCAACUCGUCACCGUGUUGUCCGCCCUCCAAAGGACCAGCGCGACUGGAUUCGAUACAUUCUAAUUAACUUCGCCAGAGCAAGAUACGACGUUGAGUUGAAGCCAAUUGAAGGCUCUCCUGUGGUCCAGCGAGAGGGCAAGCAUGCUUUCCCUGAAAGAGUUGCGACUGGCGGGAGAGCUCCAACCCAGGGCGAGUGGCUCGCUGAGAGGAUCAAGGGAGUUCAAAAACGACUAGGUGAGUACUGUGGCACUAGCUUUGCGUUGAGAAUGAGUCGCUGA